UGUGCGAUCUUUCCAUUGCAGACGUGGUAUCAUUAGCUUGGUCUUAAGUUGUUUAGCCUCGAGUAGGGGCGGCCCAGUAUUUCAAACUUGGUUUCAGUCGAGAAACACAUGUAUUGAGACCGUUAUAACGCAAUAAGCAUGUUGGAUUUUGCUAUAUUUGCUGUGACAUUUGUUGUAAUUCUGGUCGCUGCCGUCCUAUAUUUGUAUCCGUCCUCUAGACGAGCUUCUGGCAUUCCAGGCUUAAACCCUACAGAGGAGAAAGAUGGAAACCUGCCAGAUAUAGUUAGCAGAGGAAGCCUGCAUGAGUUCCUGGUUGGUCUUCAUGAUGAGUUUGGUGAAGUGGCGUCCUUCUGGUUCGGCCGGCGACCAGUGGUCAGCCUUGGCUCGGUGGACCAGCUCCGGCAGCACAUCAACCCAAACAGGACCACGGACUCUUUUGAGACAAUGCUGAAGUCGUUGCUCGGUUACCAGUCAAGUUCAGGAACAGGGGCCGCAGAGACAAUGAUGAGAAAAAAGGUCUACGAAGGUGCCAUCAACGCCACACUGGAGAGCAACUUCCCUCUGCUGUUGAAGCUGGUUGAUGAGUUGGUUGGGAAGUGGGAAUCUUAUCCAGAGUCCCAGCACAUGCCUCUCUGUGCUCAUCUGCUGGGACUGUCCAUGAAGGCUGUCACUCAACUGGCCAUGGGCGACCGUUUCCGCGACGACGCCGAGGUCAUUCGUUUCCGCAAGAACCACGAGGCAGUGACAUUACCAUCUGUGUGUCUAUGUAAAUUUUUUGUCUAUGUAAAUAUGCAUUGUAUGUGUGAACAGAUCUGGUCAGAGAUCGGUAAAGGCUAUUUGGAUGGAUCUUUGGACAAGCGCUCCAACAGAAAAGCUCAUUAUGAGAACGCACUUGCGGAGAUGGAGUCGACGCUAAAAUCCGUGGCGAAAGAGAGAAGGGGGCGUGGCCCUGGCCAGCUAACAUUCCUGGACUCCCUUCAGCAAGCCAACCUCACAGAGAGACAAGUGAUGGAGGACGGAAUGGUGUUCACUCUAGCAGGCUGCAUCAUCACUGCCAAUCUAUGCAUCUGGGCAGUUCACUUCCUGUCCACCACAGAGGAAGUCCAGGGGAAGUUGUAUAAAGAGCUGACUGAAGUCCUUGGGGAGGAGCCCAUUUCCUUGGAGAAGAUCCCCCAGCUUAGGUACUGCCAGCAGGUGUUGCAGGAGUCGGUGAGGACGGCCAAACUGACGCCCAUUGCAGCCAGACUACAGGAGGUGGAGGGAAGAGUGGAUCAGCAUGUCAUACCUAAAGAGACUCUGGUUAUCUAUGCCCUGGGUGUCGUCCUUCAAGACGAAGACACUUGGACGCUGCCGUACAGGUUUGACCCAGAUAGAUUCACAGACGAGUCAGUCAGAAAAAGCUUCUCUCUGCUGGGCUUCUCUGGAAACCAGGCCUGCCCUGAGCUAAGGUUUGCUUAUACUGUAGCCACCGUACUCCUCAGUUCUCUGGUGCGUAAACUCAAGCUGCACAGGGUCGAGGGGCAGAUUGUUGAAGCGAGGUACGAGUUGGUAACCACGCCUAAGGAUGACACUUGGAUCACUGUCAGCAGAAGGAGCUAGCCCUGAAGUUUGUCUACAUCUGCAGCUCUCCAAUGGAACGACGCGUUCAGGGGCCACUGUCGAGAUCUUUGCACUACUGCAAAUACGAUGUGAUUGUUGUGCCUCGGUUUUUCGUUUGUGCCUAGACAUGGUUGUAUUGUCUGUAUCACUCUGUUUAGAAACUGAUCUUACGACUGUGUGGAUUUCCUUGAGGUGGUCUUCCUGAUGUCAGAGAGCCCAGUGACCGUCUACUGCCUUUGAUAUUGCAAUGACAUCAAUUCCAGAGGAGAAAUGAGGAGCAGAAUGAAUUUUCUUCCAGCAUUCCAUAUAUUCUUGUGUCUGUGCCUAUAAAUAUGUUUUAAGGAAUUCCACUGUCACUUUUAUAUGA